AUGUUCGCCGAGAUGCGCAACGCCCUCGGCAUCAACAAAUCCCAAGACAUUCUCGAGCAUGUCUACAACCUCCCCUCGCCGGAACAACAACACCACGCAAUGGAGCUCAUCCGCGACAUCGAGCGCCGCGCCAUGCUGCAGCAAGUCGCCCAGCCGGGACUGACCGAGCUUAUGGCGUAUCUCGACGCGAAGGGCGUGCGCAAGGGGAUCUGCACGCGCAACUUCGAUACGCCCGUUAACAACCUGCUGAACAAGUUCCUCGCCGGCAGCGUGUUCGCGCCCAUCGUGACGCGGGACUUCCGGCCGCCCAAGCCCGACCCGGCGGGGAUCCUUCACAUCGCGCGGAGUUGGGGUCUGUUGCGCAGCAGCACGGGCGAGACCGGGGUGCCAGCCAAUGCCGAGGAGGAGGAGCAGCGCCGGUCGGCGGAGGAGAGCAGUCACAAGGGGGGAGAGAGCGACGGCGUGGACCUGUUGCAGACCCAGAUAGGGGAGGCGGUUGCCGAUGCGAGCGGGCUGAUCAUGGUAGGCGACAGCAUUGACGACAUGACGGCGGGCCGCAGGGCAGGAGCCACGACCGUUUUACUAGUGAACGACGUCAACCGUCACCUGGCUGACCACGAGCACACGGAUCUGGUGAUCUCGCGGUUAGACGAGCUGAUUGAUGUUCUUGAAAAUGGAUCGCUUUGA